GCCCGGCCGUCGCGUGCCGAAUGGCGUCGGUUGAGUUAAGCCGCGCGCUCCUUUGUGAUGCGUCACCUGCCCCGUGCAGAAGCCGUUACCGUUAGCGCCGGUCCGGCCCGGGCCGCGCGCAGCGCUUCACUCCACUACACUCCACUCCACUCCGCCCGUCAGAGAAAACACAAGCGGCGCCACCCGGAAAUGAAUCUGCAGCGGCGCGUUCCACGUCAUUAGGCAGAGCUGGCGAAGUUUCAUCUCUCGAUUGCACAAUACUUUUUGUUUGCCGGUUGUUCGAGGAUUAAUUUGGAGAGUUAGAGCUAUGCUUUUGAAAAGCCAAAUGCUGUUCAUUGUCAUUUUCUAUGUACUUGGCUGUAAUAGAGAACGUGAACAUUUCAUGCUGGGCUUGCAAUCACACAUCUAACCAUGUAUCUGGCAAUAUACAUUGUCACAAACAGGACAGCCCUGGCACAAACUAAAGGAGAAGUGGUACAAGAUGCCUGUAACCAAAAAAAUGUGUUCUUAAUUGAUGUGUAAUGUGCCUGAAUCGGACAUGGAGAAAAACUUUAAUCAAUGUACACAGCUUUAAAAAAAACACAAGCAAAAAAUAGGACGGAAAUUUAAAAAAGUAAUUCGCUGACAGGUUAAUGACCCGUUUGACUUUCAAUCAUAAGUUAAUGACCGAACAGAUUUGCUUGAUUAAAAAUGGAAACGGGAGAUACCAGGACUGGCGUUGAAAUAGUUAAAAUAGUGAAAGAUUUUAAUAAUAAAGCGUCCACCUAUUGUCAGGUUACCUUUCGCGUUAUGUAAUCGUGAAUAUAUAUAUUUUUUAAUUCUAUUUUCGUUUCGUUGCAUCUAUCAUCAUUCUCCACUACAAUUGCACAAUCGCAUCACAGUAACUAUCUCCAGACCCGACCGACAAGCUCUCGCCGCGCAUGCCCACGACGUUCCGCGUGACGCAAGGACGUACCGGUGGCGUUUCCCUGGUUUCACGGUGACGGGAAAAGAAUGGCGGCGGCGGCGGCCUCCUCCUCGUCUUCAUCCUCGCCUGUACCGGUCGCAGCAUCUACUCCUUCCAAGGUUCGUAAUAAGAAAAGACCAACAAGCCCGGGAAACAGUGGCAAUGCAACCGCGAAAAAGAAGAAACUGGGGCAGAAUGUUGUAUUGGAUACCAUUGGUGAAAAUAAAAAUGUGGCUGCCGAUUCUAGUCCAGGACAUGGAGAGCCUGCAGUAAAGCCUUUGAAAUUUAAGGAUCCAAAUUUUGUCCACUCUGGCAUUGGCGGCGCUGGCGUUGGCAAGAAGAACCGUGUCUGGAAAAAUCUGAAACAAAUUCUUGCCACCGAGAGAAUGUUACCAUGGAAAGUAAAUGAUCCUAACUAUUGCAACAUUGAUGCUCCACCUUCCUUUAAACCAGCAAAAAAAUACUCUGAUAUUUCAGGACUUCCUGCCAAUUAUACAGAUCCGCAGAGCAAGCUUCGAUUUAGCAGCACAGAGGAGUUUUCAUACAUCCGAAUGCUUCCUUCAGACAUUGUGACUGGUUAUUUGGCUUUGAGGAAGGCAACUAGCAUUGUACCAUAAAUUAUUGCAUGGAAUUUUGUUUGAAAUACCUGAUUUGCAAUUGAAAUACCAAUUUGCAUCGUGAAAAUCAAAACGACCUGCAGAUGCUGGAAAUUUGCAGUGAGUUGUGACAUUUGGAGUUCAUUGUUCACAGCUGAAAUUUCAAGUAAAUUGUUUCGAUAACAAAGAGUUUAAGUGAAUGAACGACAUGAAAUUGGAAGAGACUUUAAAACUACAAAAAGCCAUACAUGGAAUACUUGGGAAUGUCAAAUAUGCUGAGUGCAUAGCCCAUAUUUGUAUUUUUUGUUGGCAAAACCCACUCAAUUUUGGAAACUUCUGACAAGAUCUGCAAAUAAGAACAAUUCCUAUGAAAAGUCUAUUACAUGACCCUGGAUCGAAGACAUUGGUUGAAGCGAGUUGUCAGCUUUUCCUCAUAAUGGAGGCUCUGGACCAAAGUUAAUGAAGUAGGCUGUGGUAAUAAAAAUAUAAAUGCCUAAACAUAGUACACUGUAAACAAUAUGAUAAACGAGAGAAAA